AAUGCAGCAGCUCAGCGAGCAGGUAGAGCGUCAAUGAGCUCUCAGGGGAGCGACUCAGUCCGGGGAGGUAGAGUGACUCACACCGGCGACGUCGCCUGGACUCUACGCGGUGUCGUGCUGACUUUUGACAAGUUCACCCGGGAUUUACAUGGAGUUGAGAGCCCUUUCCCGCUUCUUUGCCACAGUUUUUACCUUCAUUAUUGCGAGGAACGCUCUUCCCCGGUGCUCUCUGGAGGACCACUCUCGUACCGCACCGAACCCCCGCCGGAGUCUACCGUCGCCCAGCAGCCAGUUGAAUGUGAUAUUCAAGGGUUCGUUUUCGCAACUUGCUGGUUGUAAAGCUAUUACCCAACGACCUCGCUGGUUGUGAUGUGUCAGCGUGCCUUCAGUGACCUGCAGCUUUUCAAGUCUGUCUACGGAUUUAUCCGGGAAUGUGGCGCCCUCGGGAAGUGCCCGGCUUCUUGUUGAAAGUGACUGCGAGGUGCAUUGACUUGCGCUAAUAUCGAGCAUGAAUGGAUGAGCACCGUCCCGCCGGGAGAGAAACGCUCUCCAGAGAGAUUCCAAACCAAUGAAAUGAUAGCGGGCUAAAGGUCAGAACAGCUGCCUUUGGCUGGGAAUAUCCAAGUUUUCUCUUGAGUUUGAGUGUCAGUGGAAGGAUUGGAGGACGUGGAUUCUGAUGGCAGCGCGGUGAAACUUUCUGUCUUGCUGUGACCGACCAAGCGGAGGAAGUGGGACGCAUAUUCAGUUCCUCGCAUCAGAGUUUACUUGCGGUGCUUGCCUGCUUUAAAAGUCCACCAUGUGCGGGACACCGCCGCUCCGACCGAGGCCAUGACCGUCCUCCUGUGGCGCCUGGCCGGGCUCUGGCCGUGGCUGCUCAUGGCGGCCGUGCAGGUGGUGCAGGGUCAACCGGGCCUGGAGCCCGAGAGGUCCGUCCUGCGAGCCCUCAUUAAGGUGUCACCGCUGAGGCACGACCCGGCGGUGAGUCCCAUCACUCUGAAGGGGGUGUUCGUGGGAGGAAGCGCGGGACCAGCGGAGGGGAAGCUGAUGCAGUACCAUCCUCUAUCUCUGUGCAACACCAGUGAGGAUGAACGUCCGGAGAGCGACUUCAUCACCAUCGUCAAACUGGAACUCAGGCUUCCCCGCUGUCUGUCGCUUCAGGAAAAGGCUCGUAUGGCCCUGGAUAAAGGGGCUCAAGCUGUGAUUUUUGAUGUCAGCGAUGAUCCCAAUGCUGCUAUUGAGCUGAGAAAGGCGGAAAAUUUCCGCCAGCCAGUUGUGCUGGUGAAGGCAGAGGAUGCGGAGGAGUUGAUGGGUCUGGUCAACAAGAACGAGGAGGCCCAGGUUCAAAUCGACAUCUUCGUGGAGAAGGACCGAUGGCCACAUUAUGACGUGGGGAUUCUGCUGACCAUCGUCCUGGCUAUUCUCACCAUCGUCUUCAUCUUUGCUUUCCGUUACAAGUGCAAGUCCAACAGAACCUGGGACUCCGUGCAUCAGCAAACCAUGCGCGCCAUAAGUCGCCUGGAGACCAAAACCUACAGCUCCCAGGGCUGCUCCAGCUCUCAGCACCACAGGCCCGCCUGGGGGUCCGCCAGCAGCUCCAACUCCAGUCCAGUCUGUGCCAUCUGUCUGGAGGAGUUUCAGGACGGACAGCAUCUGAGGAUCAUCUCCUGUGCUCACGAAUUUCAUAAAGACUGUGUGGAUCCGUGGCUGCUGCAGCACCGCACAUGCCCUCUCUGCAUGCACAACAUCAUGGGGACGGAGCGUCAGGCCCAGAGAAGCAGAAUCCAGCAGAGUGCAGAGCAAAGCCAGACCUUCCUGCACCCGCAGUCGUACAGCAGCCCCCGUAACCACCUCUUCCCCCAGCACGCCAUCCCUUUUUCAAUGAGGCCACAUUACCCGCGAGGACCCUCGGGACCAUACCCUUCGCUGGGCCACUACAGCGCCUCGUCUCCAGUGGACUCUGAGACGUUACGGUUCCUACCAAGCCGGCCGCUCGGCUCGUCCUGUGGGUACCACCUACCUGCAGAAGGUCCGGGGAGGCCGCACAGGAUGGGAGGUAACUGCAGGACCUCCACUCAGCUCUACACCCCUCGCCGGCCCUGCCACAACUACCGCGCCUCCUGCCCGGCUCAGCGGAGUGCCUCCAGCUCCAGGCUGCACCACAACUCCAACGUCACGCAGCAGCUGCGCGGACCCCCAGCCCACCGGCUGGAUGAGGGCAGCUGCUCGGGCGGCAGCUACCACACGGAGUGCAGCGGAUAUAUGCCUGACGGGCCUGCCAGCGACUCCAGCUCAGGCCCUUGUCACGGAUCUUCCAGUGACUCCGUUCUCAACUGUACUGACGUGUCCCUGCAGGGGGUCUACGGCAGCUGGUCCACCUUCCGCAGCUCUCUCAGUAGUGACUAUGACCCAUUUGUGUAUUAUGGGCCAGGGUCUGGCCAGGUUCAACCCCCACGCAGGAACAGCCUAGAGGUGGGCACACAAGCCCGACCCAGGUCUCUGGAUUCAGUGGUGAACAAGGCGGGCUGCUCUGAGGACCCGCCUCAGACUGUUUUCAGCCACAUCCACUUCCACCGUCACAGACACCACCACUAUGAGGAGGGGGAGCACGGCCAGGGGCUCAGCAGGGACUCAGACGAGGAGCAGGGGGCCGCGGCUGCUCCCGCCGCUCUUCCUUCUUCUACUGUAGUUCAGGACAAAGACUUACCUGUUCCUCUCCCUAAACACAGCCCGUGCCUUUGCCCCAAGCCAGACCCCACAGACAGACCCAGUCCUGCUAGUGACCAUGAGUCUUCAGGACCCUCAGUCCUCAUGGCCCCCAUCCCUUUACAGCUACAACCCCACUGCUGCCAUCAGGGACACACACACCCUCCCCCCUCUUUAGGGCGUUUGGGGGCCUGUUUGCUUGAUGGACCCUCAGUUCACUUUCACCAGAGCCUGGAUCUGCAGGACGAUCGCAGCGUGCACAUCCACUAUGGUCAGGGAGCAGGUUUCUGCUGUUCCCGGCCUGAGCUAAGGCCAGCUCUCCUUCCUGUACCCCUCAUCCUGGACACUGGGGGCAUGGAGGAGUGGCCUUGCUGCACCGGUGCUCAUGUCGUGUGGCAGAAGCGGGUCCAGCAAGCCCGCUCGGAGCCACAGCUCCUGGGACCCGGGACCUCUGUGGACAGACCCGCCUGCAGGAUGAACCAUAGUCCUGCUGCGGACUGCAGCACAGACUUUUGUUUAUACUGCCAAACUCUUUACCACAAUCAGGGAUCUGAAGAGGAGUCUGGAGUGUAAAAACCACCCCACACCAUGCAGCUAACAGGACUAGACGGGCCCGGUCGUUGGCUCAUGUCUUCCUUCGGAUUAUUCAGCAGCACCCCAGGAUGGAGACGCUUCAUAUGAACAGAGUGUAAAAGUGAAUUUAAAAGACAAAAAUCCAGUGAUUGUAUUGAGAGAAUUGCUUGAUGCACCACUUUGAAUGCCGACACAUCUUAAAUGGGUUCAGUAGAGACACCGGGGAAAAAAAACAAAGGGUUAAAAGUGUCUUGAAUUCACAGAUCCUUCAGUCUCUUCCCAAAACAAAAACUUGAUUUAAGUUUGAGGUACUUUGACCUGCGUGACCUUAUAGUCUCAGCUGAGAAAAGCUUUUCUCUCCAGCUACCUCAGCUCAGAUUUCUUAUCGUGCCUCACUUCCACAGGUACUGCUGUAGUGAUUGUUUUAGUCACAACCGUGUAGCUCCCACAGUCCUCUCUGCCGAGGGAAGAUUUUUCCUCUCAGCCCGGUCGUUCACGAGUGCCCUGAGGUCGUCUUGUCUUCAAUACUUCAAUAAUGGCAGCUGUUUUUAAACACAUUUGGAUCGUUCUUCCAUCCUUUUUGUCGUUGGUAAUCCUUGUUUUUUCACUUCAAUAUGAGCUGGUCCGACUGAAUGAUGUUAUUGUCUUUUCAAGCUAUUGUUUUUGUUGUCGUUUCUGUUGCCAACGGUUACUUCACGUUUGACCUCAGUGGACCACGAGUGCCGCCCUCCUCACCCUAAAGUGUUGGUUUAUGCUUAAAUAAGAAACCAUGCAGCAAUCUUGUCUUCCAGCUAUAGCAGCCUUAAAAACACACAGUGCCUUCUGAAUCAUGUGGAGCGCAGGCAGGCAAAGGUCCGACUAUAUUUCAUUAACAGACACUGGAAAAUGGGAAUAACUUCCUUUAAGGUACCAGCAAGUUUUAGCUCUUCACAGUGGUCAGUCUGGUUCACCAGUUUAAAAAGCAUUCACUUGAAUAGAUUCACAUCAUUUCAAAAGCUAUUUUUACAUUUCCUCAAAUGUAUGAUCCACCAACUCCCAGAGGUCACAUUUAUCCCGUCCUGCGUUAGAAGAUGGCACUUCCACAUUAU